GUGCUUGCAUAAGGACAUAUACUGCAGUAACACAUAGACAAGAUGCUUGAAGUGAUAUGGACAUUUCUUCUCCUAGCACAGAUAGUGAAAGGAGGUGAUGUCUGUUAUCCAAAUCAUGGUUGUUAUACAGACAGUCCCCCAUGGGGCGGAACUCAAGAGAGGCCUAUUUCUACAUUACCUUGGUCACCCGAAAAAAUCAAUACUCGCUUCUUUUUGUAUACUAGAGAAAAUACAAGUAUCUUCCAAGAAGUCAAAAUAUCCACAAUUUCAGCAUCCAAUUUUAAUACCAGCAGGAAAACUCACUUCAUUAUACACGGAUACUUAGAAAAGGGGGAUUAUAUAUGGAUGGAAAAAAUGUGCCAGACAAUGCUUCAAGUGGAAGACGUAAACUGCUUCUCUGUUGACUGGAGUGGAGGAUCUCGUACUUUGUACUCACAAGCAACAGCCAAUAUCCAAGUUGUUGGAGCAGAGGUGGCCAAUUUUAUUAACACUCUUCAAAACAAUUUUAGCCACCCUCUAUCAAUGGUACACUUGAUUGGUCACAGCCUAGGAGCGCAUGCAGCUGGUGAGGCUGGAAGGAGAAAGCCUGGAAUUGGGAAAAUAAGUGGUUUGGAUCCAGCUGGACCAUUAUUUGAAGGAACACCCCCUGAAGUCAGACUUGAUUUAACCGAUGCUGACUUGGUGCAAGUGAUUCACACAAAUGCAGCUGAAUUUCUUCCUUAUUUUGGUUUAGGAAUAAAACAGCCAAUUGGACAUCUCGAUUUCUAUCCGAAUGGGGGGGAAUUUAUGCCAGGAUGCCCAAAAAUCAUAGUCAACUUAAGUCCAGACAUUGACAAAGUUUUUGAAGGACUUGCAGAAACUGCUGGAUGCCAUCAUGCACGAAGCAGAGGAUACUAUACCGAUAGUAUUCUACAUCCUGAUGGAUACAUUGGUUUCCCCAGCCAUUCCUACAGUGAAUUUCAGAAAGGCACUCCUUUCCCAUGUCCCACUGGUGGUUGCCCAGUCAUGGGGCACUAUGCUGUUACCUAUGCUGGGAACACAUCAAACAGCCAAACUUUUUACUUGAAUACUGGAAAUAGAGAAAGCUAUGCACGCUGGCGGUACAAAGUGUCUGUCGAGAUUGCUGGCUCAGCAAGUGUAAAAGGAAAUUUCAAGGUUUCUUUAUCUGGAACACUAUAUGAAAUUUACAAGGGACUCAUCACACCUGGCAGCACAUACACGGCUUUCAUUGACCAGAAUAAAAAUCUUGGGACUGUCACUGGAGGGUUAUUUAUGUGGCACAGUGACCUCUCUAAUUUUUUUUUCUCAACUAAAUUAUUGGCUAAAUCUGUGACAGUGCAAUAUGGGAAAGAUGGUACCACGACUACAGUCUGUGGAUUGUAUAGAACAAUAAAAAACGAUUAUCAGCUUAUUGAUAGUUGUUUAUAUAAAGAUUACUUUGCUGACUGAAUAAAACUUAUUUAAAAACAAGAAAG